AUGGAUACGUGGGAGUCCGAGGGGAGGUCUCUUCGUCUGGUGAACGCCGUCACGGGGGGGAUCAUCGUUUCAAACCCGUCGUUUUUCCUAUCGUAUACGGAUCUGGUGAACUUUAUAGCGCUGAAAUGGGGCGGGGUCAUCGGAGGUGGUAAAACGGUAGGUAAGAACUUCUUGGUGCUCCUGGAAUUUGGACACAGAUUGUCCGCAAAGAACUUUACUGAUUUUGUGAGGAGAGACAUGGAUCAAGUGAAAGAGUUGUACGUUUUCGACAAGAGACUGUUCACAGUAAUUAGUAAUCCAGACGAAGAGACAAGUGGUGAAACACAGCAGAAGCAGUGCCAUCAAAUACUAGAGACUGUCAAUGACACCCUAACACUGGUAAAACCUAUCAAAUCUCCCAUGAUUUACACGGAAAAGGUAGAUACCCUGUCUCUGCAAGAGAUGACCAGUGUUUUGACUACAAAUCUUGGGUGGCUGUCUGCACUGGAGAUAGACGUAUACUAUCUGGAGGAUACAAUAACCGGUACACUGCAACAGAUUAAGAAUAUUCUGAAGUGUCUAUACUGCUGUUAUCAGUAUUUGGGCCUCUACGGCGCUGAGAUGGAGAAGUUGUUCAAAUCAAGUGAUAAAUUUUAUCGCACUCUACAGAACGAUCAGAAAACGAUUAAUUGGAAGUACUGCCUAGAUAAUGUACUGGGUUCUUUACCUUCAUGGGAUAAUGACCCGCCAUUAUCAAAAUUUGUGAACCGCAGUACACUAACGGAUUUAGAACUUGAAACGGUAACGAUACGACACAACAUAGAUACAGAGCUUAAACGUGCUGAAAGUGACAUUCAGCAGGGCAAGUCAUUAGGCGGUACGAUCAUGUCGAAAAUAGACUCAACCAGAGAGCAGUUCCUACCCAGUGAAGAUAAAUACAAAUUGGAGACUAAUAUGCUGACGAAUUUCAAAGAUUUAGUGGAAAGGACAAGAGACAUUUCACGGGAUAUCUUGGACACACAAGAAUCAACAGAACUCGAUAUUGGCAAUGUACAUUCUCAUUUUUCGAAUAUCAGGCAAAAUACCGUCAACGACCUUUACACAAUAUCGUAUUCUUUGUAUUCCCAAGCAGACAAUAUUCACACUUUGAAGAAAAGCUUACAGGCCAAUGUCAUAGAAAUCCUAGGGCAAAUAUCCUUUACCCAGUUGAAAUACCUCCAAGUGAAGAGAAGGCUGACCACAGAUUGUGAAAAAUAUUUGAAAAAUUACCAGAAGAACGAACUACAAUUUGCUCACGUAGAAGAUUUACCAACAAUCUACGGUCUCUACUUGAUUGAGCUCUAUAGAAGGAAUGUUUGGCUUGUGAACGUCAACAAUCAAAUUAUAAAGUUUGAUGCGUCACUCGAAGACAUCUUGCAAGAUGAACAGAUUACACGAGAUAAAUGGACCCGAAUAUUCGGUUCAAUAACGUCAAUUUUUAUCGACCAAUCAUUCGACUUGAGCAUAAGAGAACGUGGCAUUUCUGAAUUGCGCGUAAAAAAGAGCGAUACCUCCACUAUAGAUCACAACUCAUUGCUCAGUUUUAUCCAAGGAUACAUCACAACUUUCGAUCAAUUGAAUAAUAAUCAGGAUGUCAUACAUGCACUCAAAAAGAAAUUGCAAGAGACGCAAUCCUCAAUAACAUUACAAGCUCCACAUGCUGUUAUUACCUCACCAGUGGAGGAAUCGCAGUUGAUCGAGUCUUACAAACUACGAAUAAAAAAGCUAGAAAAUCUACUACACGAAUCCAAAUACUCGAACACCAGCUACUGGCCCUCUGGAAUGAUUGAGGAGUCAUCUCUGACGACUGGGCGUAACAUUUCUCAAGGGAAAGACAAUCGCUUAGAGAGCAAAGCACCAUCGCUCAUUUUAAACCAGAAUGUAGCAGAUUUAGAGAGGGAGAACGCACAUUUUGAAGAAGUAGCUUCUUUACGGAAAGAGUUGGAGCAGAUGCGCUUGGAGCAGGUCAAAAAGGAAAAGUUGAUUAAGGUCCAAAAUUCAAAGAUCGUGGAUAUGGAAAUAGAAAGAAAUGCAUUUAGAGAAACACUUAACAACCUGAACACAGAACUGGAGAGGGUCAUGACGAACGAAGGCAGUUUGAAAGUCCAACUCGAUGAUGAAAAGACUAGGUUCUCGCAGCAUAUCAAUGCAUUAUUGGAAGAAAACCGGAAACUAUUUAUCAAAAAUGAACAGACUGAAGGAGAACUGGAAAGAUUUAAGAGUGCAACUUUGAAAGAGGAUAAGAGCAUUUCAGUACUCCAGAAGCAGAAUGAAGAGCUUGAAAAUAAAAAUACAGCGUUUGCCUCCCAGCUCGAUACAUUAAAUUUGACCAAUACAUCUCUACUUUCCGAUUUCAACGAACUCACUUGUGCAAACAUAGAUUUAAAAUCCAACAUUGACAAGCUAAAAACAACAAAUACAAACCUUGGGGUCGAAAUUGAAAAACUAAAGGCUGCUAAUGAUGACUUGAUCGAGACACAGAAGCAUGUCCGGACACAAGAUGAGAAUGAAGAGGCAAAUAAGUUGAGUUCCAAUGGGCUAUCACUGAAAUUGGAAGGGAGCUUAUUCACUGUUUUCAAGACGUGUGUUUUCAUUCUGGAAAAUAUUGGUUUGUUAUUAACCUCGAAUGACAACCAAAAAGGUUCCGAACCAUAUUCAAUAAAGAGAGUCAAAGGUUUAAGAAAAGGCAUUAACCAAAGCGUUCUUGAGGACGAAAGUACACAGUUAUUGGUAGUAAACGAGAAAGAUGAGGUUAUCCAAAGUAAAGUCUACCAAGAAAUGCGAAACAAUUAUGAAAAAGCAUUAGAACAGGGACAACAGACACCCGUCUCAUAUGAAAGCAUCACGAGAUUUAUAUCUGUUCUUGACAACCUAUUUGGCAGUAAAUACUACGAACAAGCUGUCAUUAAGAGAUUUAAUGACCUUGAAUCCUUGGCCAAGAAAGCAACAAAGGAAAACAAAAUGAAUCGUGGGUUGAUUGCAAGAUUAAGGAACGAAAAGAUUACGCUCCGUAACUUCCAGAUCCAUGAUUUGGCACUGUUUCUUCCUACAACUGAUAUUCAAAAUGCCACUUCUUCUAGCUCUUCACUCAAUUCCUCGUUUUCAUCCGUCGAUUUGUCAACACCAACUAUGCCGCUAUCGACAACCUCAACGCAACAGGGGCAAAUUGAAAAGAAAGACAAAUUGGCUCCUUCAGAUAGUAAGGAAUCAAGUAAAAUUGAUACAAAGAUUCGUCCAUGGGCAGCGUUCACAGCUUUUGAAGAUAGUACAAGGUAUUUCUUGAAGAAAGACGAAAAUGAUGAUCAGCUCCUUAGUGGUAAGGAGUGGUUUAUUGGAAGAAUUACUAGUGCUAAUAAAAUCAUUGCCGGCGAGACGAUGAGCAAUCCUUACAGACUACCGAAAGGUUCAAUUUGGUAUCAAGUCACUGCCAAGAUAUUGUCAGGUCCGUUGUAG